ACAGCUGGUAGCAGGGAGAGAAAGAGAGACAGCAGAGAGCAGCCACAGCAGGAACAAGUCAUCUGCUGCCUGGCUUUACAGUGAAGACAGCAAGAAGAAAACACAACGUUAGAGAAAUAUUUCCUCCGACUUUCACACAGCUCAAGGCGCAUGCUCAGACUAACUGACGGUGCAGUUGUUUUAUCCAGGAACUCAGAGACACUGAACGGUUUUAAAGAUGACCACUUCAUGGAGUGACAGACUGCAGAACUAUGCAGACUUGCCUGCCAACAUGGACGGCGUGACGAUGAAAAAAUACAGAAGAGAGCCAUACCACAGAGUGUUUGUCAACAGAAGCUUGGCAAUGGAGAAGAUUAAGUGCUUUGGCUUUGAUAUGGAUUACACUUUAGCAGUGUACAAGUCACCAGAGUAUGAGUCAUUAGGUUUUGAGCUCACAGUGGAGCGGCUGGUUUCCAUCGGUUACCCCCAGGAGCUGCUCAGCUUUGUCUAUGACCCAUCCUUCCCCACCAGGGGCCUUGUGUUUGAUACCAUGUAUGGAAACCUGUUGAAGGUUGACGCCUAUGGAAAUAUCCUGGUCUGUGUCCAUGGAUUCAACUUCCUCCGAGGCCCUGAGAUCCGUGAACGGUACCCAAACAAGUUCAUCCAGAGAGAUGAUACAGAACGCUUUUAUAUCCUUAACACACUCUUCAACCUGCCAGAGACCUACCUCUUUGCUUGCCUUGUGGAUUUCUUCUCCAACUGUGACAGAUACACAAGCUGUGAAACUGGCUUCAAAGAUGGCGACCUCUUCAUGUCCUAUAAGAGCAUGUUCCAGGACGUCCGCGAUGCCGUCGACUGGGUCCACUUCAAGGGUACUCUGAAGGAGAAGACUGUUGAGAACUUGGAGAAAUAUGUAGUGAAAGAUGGGAAGCUGCCUCUUCUUCUCAGCAGAAUGAAUGAAGUAGCCAAGGUUUUCUUGGCUACCAACAGUGACUACAAAUACACUGAUAAAAUCAUGACCUACCUGUUUGACUUCCCUCAUGGCCCCAAGCCUGGUACCUCCCACCGGCCCUGGAAGUCUUACUUUGAUCUGAUCCUGGUGGACGCCAGGAAGCCGCUGUUCUUUGGAGAGGGUACGGUGCUCAGACAAGUCGACACGACAACUGGGCGUUUAAAGAUAGGAACCUACACAGGGCCUCUGCAGCAUGGUAUAGUCUACUCUGGAGGUUCCUCUGACAUUGUAUGCGACCUGCUGGGGGCCAAGGGGAAGGACAUCGUCUACAUCGGGGACCACAUUUUCGGCGACAUCCUCAAGUCCAAGAAACGUCAGGGCUGGAGGACAUUCCUGGUUAUACCUGAACUGGCCCAAGAGCUGCAUGUGUGGACUGACAAGAGCUCACUAUUCGAGGAGCUGCAGGGCCUGGACAUUUUCUUGGCAGAACUCUACAAACAUCUGGACAGCAGCAGUAAUGAGAGGCCAGACAUCAGCACUAUUCAGAGAAGAGUCAAGAAAGUGACACAUGACAUGGACAUGUGCUACGGCAUGAUGGGUAGCCUUUUCCGCAGUGGCUCCAGACAGACCUUGUUUGCCUCUCAAGUGAUGCGUUAUGCCGACUUGUACGCAGCCUCCUUCAUCAACCUGCUGUACUACCCCUUCAGCUACCUCUUCAGAGCUGCACACGUGCUGAUGCCCCACGAGUCAACGGUUGAGCACACCCACGUGGACAUGGACCUGGAGUCGCCGCUGGCCACGCGCAACCGCACCCACUGCAGCGACUGCAAGGACCUGGAAUGCAAACGCAACCAGCUGACCCGCUCCUUCAGUGAGAUCAAACCUCCCAACCUGUUCCCUCAGACUCCUCAGGAGAUCACUCACUGCCACGACGAGGAUGACGAUGAGGAGGAGGAAGAAGAAGAAGAAGAGGAGGAGGAAGAAGAGGAGGAGGAGGAGGAGGAGUAAUAAGAUAGACACAGAGAGAGAGAAAAAAAACACGUUCCUGUUCUUGCCCUCUCAUGUUUCCCAGUAGAGUCGGGUAGUUAUUGUUGUCAGAGUGAGGUAGGGAGGAAAAACAUCUCCAGGAUGUGUGUGUGUGUGUGUUUAUAUCAAUACUGUAUGCACACACACACACACACACACACAUACUGGAGAUUUCUGAGAAAAGUAAAAAAGGACCAGUAGCGAGACAGAUCAUAUGACUGUCAGAAGACUGUAUGCAUGCUUGGUCCUCUAAAACCCAACUUUUACUAGCUUCAUUUAAAAAAAACAACAAAAAAAACACAUCGUGACUUUUAAUGAAUUAAAUUUGAUUUCUGUAUAAUUUACCCAUCAGACAGACAGAGCAUCACAUGUUUCAAUAUGUUUUAAAGCUGACCGGUGAGACCUGCUGGUGGAUUACAUAGAUGCUGAUGCUUAAUCCAUCAGAUGCUGGUCAGUAAACUGUAAUCGCCUCGCUGAUUGAUGCAGUAUGCACGCUAUAAUCAAACAGAAAGCACUGUUCAGUCCCGGCGUCAAAAAAGGAUGCACAUACUGUAUUACAACACAUUUUUUUAUGCAACGUGGGAACAACAUUCAGUUUUUCAUCUUUUGAGUUUAAUUUUGUCUCUUUUCUUGUCGUUGUAGAGGAGUCCUUUAGUCUAACUGGUAUGUAAGGGUGUGUGUGUGUGUGUGUGUGUGUGUGUGUGUCACUCAGACUGCAGCAUCCUGAGUGACGGUAAGCUAAGAAUCCGUUGUACUAAACCGAAGCACAGAAGCACUGAAGCACAAGCCGGUGUUAUACAGAUGCAUUUUAUUUCCGUUUGAAGUUUGGCGGAGAGAACACGUUGUGGUACACGAGUGGCUCUUGAACUGAUAUUUUGUUACCAAGCAACAAUGAGGACGGAGUAUUAAAACCGUAUUUUUUAUGCCAGCAGACUCUAUGACAACCCUGAACUGCAGCACAGUGCAGUAGUGUUUCUGCAAAUAGCUGUCAGGUAAAUGGUUUCACGGCACGAGCAGCUAACGUGCAUUAUUUUAUCCGCUCAGUUUUAUUGCAUUUGACUAUUUCAGAGGGUUUUAUUUUGGUAGGGGAGCAGUUAAAGCAGCAAUGUAGAGAUGUGUGAAGUGAUCUCAGUCAGGUGUGUAACAGGAGCGUUACAGUGGCCUCAGUAUGCAAGGAUGUACUGUAGAAGCUCUGUUCAGUAGGUCUGCAUAGCUUGCUUUGUUUAUCUCUUCAGUUUUGGGGCUUUGUUUGGUGUUUCUGUUUUUUAAUCUGCUGACCGUGACUCAUUAGUGUCACCCUCUGGGAGAAAUGUGUCGACACAGAGUGUGUACAGUGUUCUUCUGUUGGGCCUGUGAACACUGUGAAGUGACCUUUUCGUGAUAGCGUGUGUUCUCGCUGCGUCACCACUUCAGAACUGGAUGAAGAUCUCUGAGUUUAAGCAUUUGACGUUUGUAUGAGCUAUUCUGCUUCAUCAGGACGGUCUUGGUGUGGUUUAAGUGACAGUACGUGCCUUUCCAUCCAUCUGUUUUCAAUUUGCAAAAACCUAAGUGGAAUUUUGAAAUGUGAAAAGGUGUUGAAAUGUCCCCAAAAAGUGUUUACUCCAGCAAAAUGGGACAAAGUGCAAUGAAAACAAAUAUUGCCAAUAAAACAUGACAUGUGCUAAGGUGAAUUUGACUUGUAGCCACUGAAGAAAUUAAAAAUGGAACACGUAAAAACAUCACCUGAUGAGGAGACUAUAAUGCCGUGAAGUGCAGUUACCCCCAAUAAUGACAUUUCUUUGCAGCUGGGAGGCGUGUUCAUUCUUUGUAACGCAGGUCAGCAUGUCACAGAAGUCAUAGGACUCUGUUCACUGAUUGUCUGCUUGUUUUUUUUUGUCCGCAGUUGACCGCUUAAAGUUAAACUAUAACCUUGAGAAUCAAAUGGCUGCAGGUCAAAGUGGCAGCUGCAAUCUGCACUUCACUGCUGCUUUGUGUGUUUUCAUUGUAACCCUCCUCAAAUAUAACUGAACACGUGCUUUUUUAAUUGUUGCAUACUUCUCCUCUGCAGUGGUUUAGUAGUGCCUGACUGGAGAAGAGGCGCCACCAACUGUUCAAACCAACUAGCAUUUGCAGAAGAGUAUUGGAUGGAUGGAAACAUGCAUUAAUUGACAUUUUCUCUUGCUUAAAAUUUUCAUCAAACCUUGCAGGUGAACAAACAACCCGCCAGCUGUCGUCACAAUUUAAUUUAAAUGUUAAAUCCUGAUUAGUAAACGGAAGCAUGUGACAUCACCUUUUUCCAACUAAGCCCCGCCCAUUUUAAACUAGUGCAAAGAGCACACAGAAAAACAAACUCAUAUAUUUCAUGUGAAAUAACAAAAACUGUUCAAACUUAGUCAGAAAACUGUGUCAUGUACGACUAUCAUCGCCCACAGUGAGGAGCAGAUUCAGGGCCUUUAACCAAGGUCCUCUUCAGAUGCAUCAGUGUUAGUUUGCAUUAGAGAGCUGCCUGAAUCUAAAAACAUGGUGACUUGAUCUUUUAUUUUCUUUCCUUUUUUAACCAGCGCAUCCUGUCUGUUAAUGUUAACUUUGCUCACCUUUAUAUUUAACGCCGUAUCAGUCCUGUACGUGUUUGAUCGGCCUGUUGAUUUAGGCCACAAAAGGGAAGAAACACGCCAUCAUUUUUGCAUCAUUUUUGGUUUUGGCUUGACGUGGUGUGCAGAAAGGUGAAUGUGUUGAACUGGUGAUUCGUUGGAUAAAAGCUUGUAGGACAUUUAGAAACGUUUUAACAGCUGUUUGUUCUCUUAUUUCUUUCUUUACAAAUGAAAUAUUUGUUUUCUCAAGUUUGAUUUUGUUUCUUGAACAUAGAAUAACUGGAUAUGCUACACGAGGCAGCUGCAUUGCUAAUGGGAAACAGUCGACUGUCUUUUCUUUGCAUAUUCUGCGUAUGCAUGUGAAGAUAAGCAUAUCCGUUCUGCCAAGGUGGUUCUGGUAGCAUUGGUUUUAUUUCAAUGUGGACUGCAUCAUUUUAGGAAAAAGCUUCUAUUGACAUUUGUCAGUGUAGUUUACACAGGCUCAGAAAAACCUGUAAAAAAAAAAAAAUAGACAAGCUUACAAUGAGGGGAAAUGUGAAUAGCAUGUUAAGUACCGUAACAGAUGUGUUACCUGUAAUCAACACCAUGGGGUUAUUUUUAUUUUUCUAAGCUAGUGUUUUUAAAUGGUCUCAGUUUACAGAACUGUAAAUAGACAUUUCCAUUUUCUUUUCUUAUCUGUUUUUCAACUUUUUUUUUUUUUUUUGGUUAACUUUUAUAUAGUGCAGAAGUCUGUCGCUCGGACUUUGAACUAACUAAAGCCUGGUGAACAGGUCACAGUGCUUUAGGAGAUUUGUAUCCAUUGUCACGAUGCCUCGAACGCAUCCACAUUAACAGCAGGUGCCAAAAGAGUCACCUUUCAUUUUCUAAACUAAAGUAAUCUUUUGUGUUAUUAUGCAUAUCGAUUCACGUUCUCCUGAACAGUGUUUUGUUUGUUUGUUUCCAGAAGUUAUCCUACAGACUGUACAUUGAGGUAAAUUACAUAAAAAUGUAGAAUAAAAAAUAGUUUUUCAUAA